GCGAGGGAAAAAUUGAAUACAUUAUCCAUAUCAUACACUUCGCUCUGCUUCAUUGUCCUGGCUGCUGGUGUCGUCAACACAGCCGAGGAUACGCUCACCGCGUGUUUUCCGUAUCUGGACAUUUGUCAAGCGACACACCUUCAACCGUGCACUGUCUUAUCUCUCACCACCUAACAAUGUCACGACGGCCUUGAGCGCUCACCAUGACUUCGGAUAAUGCGCUUCUAGAACGCCCGACCGAGUCUUUGAUCCUUCCUACCAAGCGGCGAUUCUUCCCUUUUAAAAUACCUAAUUUCCAUCAGCAACUUCGCAACUAUAUCAGUACUGCCGACCCCGACAGGAUUUACGUCGUCGUUGACAAAGUUAUAUAUGCGAUUCACAUUGAGUCCCGCAAGCGAGAGAGUAUAGCCGUCAUACCGUUCGAGCCAAAAUGUCUCGUUGCUGGCUACGGAUGGAUUGGCGUGGGAGGUUCGGAUAAUGGAGAAUGCGCUUUCAUUCGAAUCGCUGAUCAGAGAGUGCGUGUUCAGGAUGAUGAUGUGCCGGCUUCACAUCCUUCAGAAGUGGAUAGCGCGCUGCCCAUUGAUCUCGACCCCCCAAGCAGGGUCUCGUCUCCCUGGCCCAAUGGUGAGGAAACAGGAUCGGCUCGUCGUUCAAACUCAAGGCUACUUCCGGAUGUGCACCUCCACAAGUUUGGAGGUAGCAUAGUCAAUUCCGUCGCCCUCCACCGCUUACCUGGUGAUGGGAAGGGCUUAGCAGACGAAGAUGUGAUAAUUUUCAGCAAUAACGAUAAGACCGUGACCGUUUACUCCUUGACCCGUGGGAAGGUCCUCAAGGUCCUUCAUCAUCAGUCAUGCAUGAACUAUGCGAUUAUGUCACCGGAUUCGUCCUUGCUCACUGCCGUCGGUGAUGAAAGUCGCGCGUAUUUCUACGAAGUGUCUCGCGUCCUGGAUACUGCCGUGCUCACGGAGAAUGGCGAAAAGCUCACUGGAUGGGAAUGGAACCUCAUUCGUCACGUGGACAUGGAUAUCGGCACUCGGUUCGAUGCUGGCUGUUGUUUCACCAUCGCUUUUUCUCCGUCUAGUCACCUGUGCGCCAUAGGAUCACAAUCGGGGGUGAUUACAAUAUUCAAUGUUCAGGUGGUUUGGGAAAGCCCACUUGGCCUUUACGACAAGAGCUCGAUAAUAUGCCAUUUCCACUCUUCUCGGUCUCACUUUGAUGGCGGGGCUGUGCGGUCCAUGAUAUUUUCACCAACGCCAUGGGAUCUCCUGGUGUGGAUCGAAGACAACGGUCGGGCAGGAAUUGCAGAUGUCCGCCAUGCCUUUACACGCCGACAGAUACUUGAUUUGGACGCGAAGGAUUCGAGCCUGCAGGAAGUCCGUACAGAACCUAUUCUAGAUGAGUCAGAGGGAUUAGGGUUUGCCUUCAAUCAGGCAUUUCCCGAGUCGCGCGAUGAGAUGGAUGCGGCCCAGCGUGCGAUGCUGGAUUCGAUCGAAAGUUCCUCGAAUGAACGAGGAGACGGACUUGAACGUUCAUCAAUGCGAGAGAGUUCGAUGCAUGACCUCACGGAAAGAGAGAGACUGAUAGUCGAAUUUCUGAACACAGCGCGGUGGACUUCGAGAUUGGAAGAGGGCCUGACGGACCGAGGAGGAAGACCGAGCCUACACCCACAUUCUUCUCGUUCCAGACUCACAGGUGCCAUGGAUGUCGGUAUCCGUCCGUCUCGUCCUACUUCGCCUCUUCGUCCUAAUGAUCCUCUUCACGACCUAUUGCGAGAUAGUUAUGUGGGCCAUAAUACUGAUCAUCGUCAUUCAAGCACGAGGCGUCAGGGUUCCAUUAUUUCACCGCACAAUAAUCCAGAGAAUACGGAAACGCAACCCAGUAUCACAGUUAGCUGGACUGCUUCACCUGCAGAAAUCCAGCCAGCAACAUUAGACAACUCGACGCGCACGUCCGACUCGAGUACAGGCGACCCUAGUGGAAUCCAGCGUUCAACCUCAGCUCCGAGGCGCGCUGAGCGGCAGGAAACGACUUCUGAGAGUCGUCACGAACCACCACGUCUGUUGAACUCCGAACUGCGGACUAACGUGGCGGCGGAGCGUCUUCGACGGCAACGUCAAUUAAUCAACGAGGCGCAUAACCGAAACAGCCUACGAGAUCAGCGACAUCGCCCGCAUCUCUUGGGGUUUGAGCGCUCUCCUAGGUGGAUUCGGAAUAUCUUGAAUGAGCUCCCCGACAGAAACUACCAUGUGCAUAGGGACCAAGACUCCGGCGGUACAGCUGGACUUGGGUGGGGAGCAGAUGGAAGGACACUAUACGUCGCCACUGUGGAUGGUAUAUUCGAAUUUCACCUCAAUGUCCAUGAUCGAAAAACAUUCCCUAUCGUCUCCUUCCGAUAAGGGACAUCAGAACCACACAGUUCUUCUUCUCCUUUCUUCUUUUUUUCUUUUUUAGCAUUCUUGCUGCUUUAUUUUACUUUGCCUCAACUCCCUUCUAAAUGGGUUUCCAGGAUUUUACUUCGGCGGUUUGGAUACAAUUGGGGGAUUCGGGUUUGGUGAUACCACUUAUUUUCCUGUAGGGGUUUGGCCCUAUCAUGCCAUAAUGAUUUCAAUUUCCUUUGUGCUUUUCAGUUGUUUUGCAUAAUAUGUCUUUUCAAUCUUUGCAUGAUGCCCUGCUGCAUCUUCGUUAUGGUGUUCUGGUGAUUGCAUUAGGAUAGCUUCUAUUUCUUGCUUCUUUUAUGAUUACGGCGGAGGACACGGAUCAAAAGUAUAUAACUUCUUCUAUGCAAUAAAAGUAAUGAUAAAGGGGACUAGCUGCAUGCCC